AUGCGGCUGGUGUGGCAUCGAGCGCGCAUUUAUUUGAAUCAUCUUUUGCCCCGCGCCUUCAUGCGUCAACCUCCUAUAGCGUUGAUAGUUGCGGCGUUGCUACCAGACCUCGGAAUAGGCUUUGGUGGUGCCCUUCCAUGGCGCCUCAAACAGGAAAUCAAGUAUUUCCGCGACGUCACGUCAAACGCACCUGACGGAUCCAUCAAUGCAGUGAUCAUGGGUCGACGUACCUGGGAGUCGAUCCCCCCUCGGUUUAGACCUUUACCCAACCGGAUUAAUGUGGUGUUGUCGCGUAGCAAUCCGAAUUUGGAGGAAAAUGACGUGUUUUGGGGUAAUUCUUUUGAUACCGCGUUAGAGUUCCUCCAAAAACGUCACGAUAUCAAUAAAAUAUUUGUCAUUGGCGGCGCUGAAAUAUACAAUCAGGUGAUUAAUGACCCUCGGAUUUCACAUCUCCUUUUAACGGAGGUGUCUGCCAAUUAUGACGCAACUAUACCGAUGGAUAGAUUUUUACAUUUCCCGCGUGAAGCAUGGACCCGCAGUCCACAUCUGCAACUUAUCCAAUUUACGGGGAUUGACGCCACCGACUCAACUAUAAAAGAGGGCGAUUUCUCCUACAAUUAUUCCUUGUGGUGCAAAAAAUAA